AUUAGUUUCUAUUAUAGAUGCAAUAUUAGAGGGCAAUAAUAGGAAGGUACUAAAAUCAUGUCUAAGAUAAUACCUCGACUGAAUAUAGCCCCUUCGCCCAUAGCCGCGUCGCCCGGCUCGUCGGAUGCAGGUUCACCUGCUGCUGGAGCUGGAUCUCUAGGUGGUGGUGGCAACGCACCGGCUAUGAUUGUGACAUCAAAGGAAUGGGUAUUGCCACCACGACCCAAACCUGGAAGGAAACCUAGUGCAGACACCCCUGCUUCGAAGCGCAAGGCACAGAAUAGAGCUGCGCAACGAGCGUUCAGAGAAAGAAGAGCCACAAGAGUACAAGAACUCGAGGCUCAGUUAAUGGAGGUUGAGAAGGAAAGAGACAUUAAAGAAAUGGGUCUCGUGAAUAUGAUUAAUAAACUCAAGGUUGAGAAUCAAUUUUUAGUGAAAAACAUUGAGAAAUUACGUACGGAGAUGAAUUUUAUGAAGUCUGGAAAUAUGAACAAUUUUGCAGCAAACACCACAUCUUCUCCACACACGGUAGGGUCACCAGCCGGCUCGAGCUCGUCAUAUUCUGUACAACAGAUAUCUCCGGCACCCUCAGGAAACUCUCCACCUGUAUUCCAAUCUAAUUUUGGGGUUAAUUUAACCCCAGUGUCGAAUCUGGAAAGUAAUAAGAAUGAUCUAGAAGAUUGUGGAGUUUGUGUUAAAGAAGAAUGUUUCUGUGAAGAGGUUGGUUUGAAAUCAGCUAAACCACCUCAGGUGAGUUUGGAGCAGGCUAUAAAUUCUGUCAAACCAACUGAAGCCGUAAGCUUGAAAAGAAAGUUUUCAGAUAACAAGGAAACUGACUUUACGAAAAGAUACUCUACUAAGAAGAGAAUGCCUGACUUGACAAGAUUAAUGAAGAAACCAACCAAACAAACGAAUAAUGAUAAAACCAAUAAUAAUAAAAACAAUAAUGACUUUAUGGAGAUGCAUGGAGGAAAUGGACGAGGAAGCAAUGGAGAAUUUAAUGAGGAUUCACCGGUGGAAAACUGUGGAUUCUGUACAGAUGAUACCCCGUGCGUGUGCAGAGAAGCAGCCAAAGAAGCAGCUCUUCUUAAUGAAUCCCUUCAUGAAGGGAAAUUACCAACUGAAGACACUUCCUUACCUCCAAUUCUCAACACGAAUAGCUUUAGCACUACUGCUCCCUUACCUGUUAUGCACCCUGGACCUUCAGUAGAAAUUCGAGACAUUUCCAAUCUUUCGCCCGGCGCCGUGCCCACAGUGAUUGGUCCUACGAACCGGUCAUCAUCCUUGGCCAAUUUGGCUGCUACUGCAGAAAGUAUGAAGCCAGAACCAGUAGAGAAGCCCAGUGGUUGUACUGGGAACCCAGGUACUUGUGACCAAUGUCAAAUGGAUCCUAUGUCUACCCUUUUCUGUACAACCGUUGCCAACAUCGAGAAGGACUCCACAGCUAAAGGGGAAACUAGCCAGUCCACACCCCCUCUGACGGUUGGACUGUCUACAACACCAGGUGGAAGUACAAGAGGUUCUAUCUCUUCACCUGCUUCCGGAAUGUUCAUUCCUUGCUCAGAUGCAUACAAGACGUUAUCUAGACAUAAGAAGUUUAAUUCUGUAGAUUUCAGCACAUUGGUGGGUAAAUUGACUACUAGAGGAAUGCAAGUUGAAGUACAAUCAGUGGCGAAUGUUUUGCGUGAACUAGACAGAAGAUUGUACAGUUAAAUGAGUAUCAGGUAUAUCUGUGUAGGAAUAUUACAUAUGGGAUUAAGGAUAUAAGAG